UGUUUUCCCUUUUUACCAUUUGCUCAUUGGCUUCUUAAUGCCUUUGUUUCUUUAUCUUUCUUGGCUCUGAAGUGCUUUCAGAUUCUUCUGCAUGUGAUUUGGGCAUUUGGGUUUGUUUUUUAGCCCCUUGUUAGCUUUGGUUUUGGUGAAUUGUGAAGGGGUUUUGUUCAUGUUUUGAAGAUUUGUUGGAAGGAAAUUUGAUUAGGAAGAGAGAAAAGGGGAUAAUUGAUUUCAUCCUUUUAAUGAUUACUUGUUAGUGGGAGGUGAGUGAAAAAGGUUGAGAGGAGAUGCAAUUAUUGGAGCAUCUCAGUAUUAAUUGUGAGCUAAAUGGAAGGGGUGGUUGGCUUCAUUAAGUUAGAGCUUUCUAGUGUUGCCUUUUACCUCAUUAUAUGAUUUAUUUUUGUAGAGAGGCAUAACCUGUGUUAUGGGUUGAUCUCAAAGAUUUAAAUCAGUGGGGAAAAAUUGUGGUGUUUGGAGGGUGAAAGUGGAAGCAAAACAGAUUGGUUUGUAAUGGAUCAAAUAGCUCCGAAAGAUAGAGAUCUCAUAGUUGAUCUUGAGAUUGGUGGAACUGCUAGAGAUGAAGAUGGAUCGGUCAAAGGUGAAGAUGGUGUGAGUUUGUGUUCAAAUGGGUCAAAUUCAGGCAUGAUUCCGAAGGAGAAUGUGAAGGUGUUUAUUGAUAAGAAUUUGGUGGAGAAAGAAGCUAUGGACUCUGUGGAUAAGAAAGCAGUGAAGGAGAAGCGUAAAAAGCCGAGUAAUAAAAAAUCAUCUAAACCUCCUAGACCUCCCAAAGGCCCAUCACUGGAUGCUGCAGACCAGAAGUUGGUCAGAGAGAUUGCUGAACUUGCCAUGUUGAAGCGUGCAAGGGUGGAGCGAAGGAAGGCAUUGAGGAAGAUGAAAGUUGCCAAGGCUUCAUCAAACAGCAGCUUGUUUGCUAUGGUGUUCACCGUUUUCUUCUGCCUUGUGAUACUCUUUCAAGGAUUGUCCUCUAGAAGAAAUUCAGCUAUAACCUUCCAUGGAUCUCCCGAGUCAGCAGCCCCAACAGAGGGUGGCUUGAUUUCUGUGCAGUACUACCACAGUAUCUCGCCAAGUGAUGUCAAGGAGCACGGUUCUGAAUCUCCCGGCUUAGUAGAGCAGCUUCCUGGUCUAGAAGCCAAGGAAAAAGCGGGCAAGGCUCCAGGAUGAAAUGCAACCUAACUGAGAAGAAGGAAAUAUAGCUCUAGUCUGUAUUGAAGAGCAUAACUUCAAGGUUGUCCAUGCUGAGUUGUGGUUUUUGUGUGCCGGAUCACCUACCUCGGAACCGGAAGCAUUAGGGGUAAUCAAUCUUUUGUACAUUAAAUACAUCUGGGAUUAAGUUAUUAACUACACCAGGUUUAGUAGCGUGUGUUUUUUUUAUAGGUGGUGUUGGUUCUUAAAGUUGCCUCCUUGGCAACUAGCCUGGACAAAUGGUGUUAGAUGUAGGUUUUUUCUGUAACUUGAAUAAGUUUUUCAUCCACUGCCUUGGAAAUAAUAUAUACAAAUCUUUUUUUCUUCUA